GCGAACCCGGAUCUUACGAUUGUGAAGCACGCAUCUAACGCACAGCCGACUGCACUGGUUGCGAGAACAGUUAUCGGGAAGGCUCAUACGUCGCGCCGCGGAAUGGGCAAUUUUCACAAAUUUAUUUCGAAACUAAGGCCUAUUCAAUGAGACGCCGGGAGACGUAAACUUUUUCUUCGUCUCCAGAAUAACUAAAAAAAUUGAGAUCAAAAUCCCAGGGUCUCUCACCUGGUCCUCCCCUUGUCAGCCCUUGUGAGAAUCACUUAUUAGCGAUGCAGACUCCAUUAUUAGAAAUACGCGCGUUUAUUUUCCUACACGCGUGUUUCUCGUGAUCUUGCUAGCCAUCAACGUGUCGUGAAAACUACGCAUGCGUGUUCCUGUAAAAUAGAAGAAAGCGGCUGCGUAGCCGUAGAGAGAGAGAGAGAGAGAGAGAAGGUAUUUGCCGGUUGCCGGUUGGCCGCGCGCAUGGCGGCAAUUUUCCUUGUAUAUAUUACACUUAUCACAGCAUUGUUACUGGGUCUGAUGAAGAGGAUGUACAUAUGGUGGACUAUGCUUUUUCACAAAUUUACAGUCUUAUGGGCGAUUUAUCACCUCGUGUGAGAGCAUCGGCGAUGUCUCUUUUGGGCACCAUGAAAAGUGUAUCGCGUCGUUACAUAGAACAAGCGUUGGAUAAAAAACAAAUAGUGGUCGAAGACGAAGAAGAAGAACAGAGGGAGAAAAAGAAAGCGCGUUCAAAAACACGGAAGUUUCCAGCGUAAAGUAUGAGAAGAGGAUAUUAUAAAAAGUGGGUCGAAGAGCACGAUAUUAAUGUUCCCGAAAAGAAGUCGUGUUGCCCGGUUAUUUCAAAAUGAUAAUGCAUUUGAUCAUCUGGCUGCUCCAGAGCAUAUUGAGAUUGAUGCAAAUGCUGUUGAAAAUCAAGAUGAACAAAAUACUCAUUAUAGUAACUCCGAAUUAGAUAACACAAAUGAUUACGAUGCUGAACAAAAUACCCAUUAUGGUAACUCCGAAUUAGACAACACAAAUGAUUACGAUGCUGAACAAAAUACUCAUUAUAGUAACUCCGAAUUAGACAACACAGAUGAUUACGAUGCUGUACAAGAAAACACUGGAGACGAACACAACUGUGAUGCAUCAGAAUCCAAUGAAAACGAAAAUAAUUCAUCGCUAGAAGAUAUCAAUAAUGAAAAUAAUAUGGAAGUCGACGAAGCAUUAGAAUUGAAUCUAGAUAAUAGACACAUUAUCCAGCAACCACAAAUGGAGGUAAGGGAUCCUCUUUACGAAGAUUGUCCUUUAACAAGAGAAGAGAGUGAACUAUUGAUUCUCGAAUUUUCUAUAAGACAUCACAUCACAGAUGCCACAUUAGAAGAUAUAAUUCAAGUGAUUGAUUGUCCUUCCACGUCCAGUACAUAUAUCGAAAUUUCGUAUAUUAAAUCGUCUCUCGGUGUCUACAGGAAAUGGCACGAUUUAUUACUAUUGUCCAAAUUGUAAUGAACUUCUACGACAUAAUGAAUAUGAAUUAGAAGUACAAUGUAAUGAUUGUGAAACUCUAUUCGAGAAAUCCGAAUUGAAACAAAAGGGUAACUUCUUUUUUCAUAUUCCAAUCAAAAAACAACUGAUAGAUGUGAUUAAUAAAUAUUUUCAUCAAAUACGAAGAACGACCGAUACUGAAAGCGAUGUUGUCAGUUCAGACGUGUAUUCUAAAUUACGGCAGAAAGGAGUUAUCAAUGAAAAUGACAUCACGAUGGAUCAAUGGAAUACUGAUGGUGUUCAAGUCUUUAAGUCGUCGAAAAUUUCUAUGUGACCGAUUCAAGCGUGUGUCAAUGAAUUACCUUAUCGUUUGAGAAAAGAGAACAUGCUAUUAUGUGGUUUGUGGUAUGGUACAAAAAAACCCAUAAUGAACAUCUUCCUGAAACCAUUUGUUGACGAGUUGCGAAAUCUACAUGAAGAAGGAAUACUUUAUAGAGGAUCAAUAGAAAACCUACAAUGUGUAACUAUAAAAGUUCAUACUCUUCUUGCUUCUGUCGAUGCACCAGCUAGAUCAGCUCUUCAGGAAUUAACUCAAUUCAAUGGAAAGUUUGGCUGUACAUAUUGCCUGCAUGAAGGUAAACGUAUUUCCGUUGGAAGGGGACACGCGCGAAUUUACCCUGGGGAACAAGGACUAACUAGAAGUAAAAGACAGCAUAGAAUGGAUGCUGAAGAAGCAGUAAACGUUAUGAAACCAGUUCGAGGAGUGAAACAUCCUAGUAUAUUGAUGAUACUACCAGUUUUCAGUAUUGUGUCUUCAUUUCCACCUGAGUAUAUGCAUAAUAUAAUGUUAGGCGUUACACGAAUGUUUGUUAGUGCAUGGUUUAAUCCAAUAUACAAUACAAAAGUGUGGUGUCUACUUAGACACAGUAUUGAAAUUGAUCGAACACUUAAUAUCAUUCAAUCUCCUACAGAAAUUUCUAGAACUCCGCGAUCCAUUCAUGAUAUAAAACAUUGGAAAGCAUCCGAAUGGAAAAAUUUUUUGUUAUAUUAUUCAAUGAUCUGCAUAACCGGCUUUCUAAGGAAGAAUUAUGUAAAACAUUGGUUUCUAUUAGUUUUUAGCACAUAUGUAUUCCUUAAAAAAAAAA